GGCCCGUCGCCCUCCCUCUGACGCCCUCGCCCGACGCCCAUGGCCGGGCCCUCACGCCCACGGAGAGCCUGGGCGGGCUGUCUCCGGGCGGCCUGGUGUCGCUGGCGCCGCUGUGCCCGCAGUACGACGUGCGCCCCGACCCGCCGAGGAGCCCAUCAACCUGACCACGCGGCCGCCCGCGCUCUACGACCGCCCGCCCGAGGACCUCAGCACCGCCCACGCCAUCCUCGACCUGUCCACCGCCCGCGUGGCCGAGUACUCGCCCCCGCACACGCCGCCCUCUCCGCACGCGCCGCACGCGGCCCUCGAGUACCACCACGCUCUCCCGCACCCGCACCCCCUCCCCCACGCGCCCCCGCACUCCCCGCACUCGCCUCCGCCCGCGCCGCCGCCCGCCUACCACCUGCACGGCGGCAGCCCCGCCGACAGCAGCGGCGCUGUCGGCGCGGCGGCGUCGGCGGCGAGGCGCCGCGGCGGCCCGAGCAGCGCGACGAGGGCGCCGACGGCAAGAAGCCGUGCACGGUGGCCUACACGUACGAGGCGUUCUUCGUGAGCGACGGGCGCAGCAAGCGGCGCGGCGUCGACCCCGGCGAGAAGCAGCGCUACACGUGCUCGGAGUGCGGCAAGCACUACGCGACGUCGUCGAACCUGUCGCGCCACAAGCAGACGCACCGCGACCUGGACUCCGGCAACGCGCGCCGCUGCCACGUGUGCGGCAAGGCCUACGUCAGCAUGCCGGCGCUCGCCAUGCACGUGCUGACGCAUAACCUGACGCACCGCUGCGGCGUGUGCGGCAAGGCCUUCUCGCGCCCCUGGCUCCUGCAGGGCCACAUGCGCUCGCACACGGGCGAGAAGCCCUUCGGCUGCGCGCACUGCGGCAAGUCCUUCGCCGACCGAUCCAACCUGCGCGCGCACAUGCAGACGCACUCCCAGCUCAAGAACUUCCGGUGCAAGCGCUGCAACAAGUCCUUCGCCCUCAAGUCGUACCUCAACAAGCACUACGAGUCCGCGUGCUUCAAGGACAUGCCUCUCCCGCCCUCCACGCCAGAGCCGCCUUAGCUUCUCUCCGCGCAGCCUCCGCUCCAUCCCGCUCACCGCCUGAACCGUACAAACCCACCGUCCCGACCCAAGAGA